UUAUCAGUUUAGUCCGGAGCUAACCCGACCCAUCUUCACCGACAGAUGACAGUUAAGUUCGGCGCGCGCGGCCAUGGCUUUGUUCAGAAGCGUCAUACACAGAAUCAUUCAGUAUUGCUAAUUGACCGCACAACUUCCCUUCUUCCCCUCCUUUUCACGUUUCUUCUUCCAUUUUCAUCACGCUUUCUUCCUCUCCGCCCCCCCACGACGGAGUUCGGCGGUUUCCUCUUCUCUGUGCACUCCGGAUUCCCUUCGGAGAGAAGUUACUCCGUCCUUGACUUCCCACCUCCGGUAUAUUCCUUCUCAAUGCCACAUUUCCUGUCUUGGAUUGGAACUUGAUCUCGACUGCGCUCAUCUCCACUGACGGAUCUUCCCGCAGGCUGGGACAUUCAGCUGUGUGCUGAUUCGCUUACACCUCUCUAACUUAUGGGGGAAUGGGUUAUUGGAGCUGUCAUCAACCUCUUUGGCAGCAUUGCCAUCAACUUUGGAACGAACCUUCUUAAAUUAGGCCAUAACGAGAGAGAGAAGCAUUCUAUGCUAGAAAAUAAUGGUUCUAAUGGAAAGACUCCAAUGAAGCCCAUUAUAUACUUCCAGACUUGGAGAAUUGGUCUUACAUUUUUCAUUAUUGGAAAUUGCCUUAAUUUUAUUUCCUUCGGAUAUGCUGCCCAGUCUCUUCUUGCGGCACUUGGAUCUGUUCAAUUUGUGUCCAAUAUUGCUUUUGCAUACUUCGUCCUCCACGAGAUGGUUACUGUUAAGGUAAUGGUUGCCACUGCUUUUAUUGUUCUGGGAAACAGUUUUCUAGUUGCUUUUGGCAACCAUCAGUCCCCUGUGUACACUCCAGAGCAGCUGGUGGAGAAAUAUGGAAAUAUCACUUUCCUUCUAUACUGCGUAAUUUUGAUCUUGGUUGUUGCUUUACAUCACUCAAUCUAUAGAAGGGGAGAACUGUUACUUUCUGUUUCUGGUCAAGAUCUCAGACCGUAUUGGCAUAUGCUACUGCCAUUUUCUUAUGCUAUAGUUUCAGGUGCAAUAGGCUCUUGCUCAGUCUUGUUUGCAAAAUCUCUGUCAAUACUGCUCAGAUUGGCCAUGUCUAGUGAUUAUCAGCUGCAUAGCUGGUUUACAUAUUCCUUACUGCUUUUAUUUCUCAGUACUGCUGGAUUUUGGAUGGCCAGGUUAAACGAAGGACUUUCCCUGUUUGAUGCAAUCCUUAUUGUUCCCAUGUUUCAGAUAGCUUGGACUUUCUUCUCCAUAUGCACAGGUUUUAUAUACUUUAAAGAAUUCCAGGUGCUUGAUGCUUUGAGAACGACGAUGUUCAUACUGGGAAUGAUGUCUGUUUUCAUAGGCAUUUCUUUGCUAGCACCUGAUGAGCCGAGAGAUGGUGAAUUCAAAGAUAAUUCACCUUUGCUAUCCGAGACGUCCACUAGCUUCUCAUCAGAAGAAGAGAGACUAAUUGUGUCAUCCCAAGAAUUAGAGACUAAGGACGCAAGAUCAUUUUCACAAGGAUUCUUGUUAAAGAUUACAGAUGUAGUAGCCAAGGGGAAGGCUGCUUUAGCACUUUCUCUGGGUUUUGGAGAAGAUUCACUCAAUGCAUCUGCAGUACUGGUGAUGCCUAUGGUGUCAUCAAGGAUGACCGGCUUUAGAGGAACAGGGUUGGAGCGCUCAAAACUUUUCUCCAUGAGGAAGUCUGACUGGAGUAAGAUCUCGUUGGAUGAAGAUGCGAAGGUGCUCGACACAAGCAUAGGUUUCUCCCAAAACCUUUGAGUAGGAGUAGUAAAAAGGGAAAAUUUGGGUUGGAGUAUUAAAUCAAUGCCUUUUCUUUAUAGGUACAGUAGUUAGGAGUUAGGAGUUAUAAUUCAAUAUACCAGUUACCAAGCAUGUUCUUAUAUAGAAUUAUAAAAGACAAUAUUGUAUAUUAUGAUGAACAGUAUUUUCUCAUAAAGCAAGAUAUUAUUUUUCCCCUUCA